GAGGAGCUCGCGCAGUACCUUUGGUCCAUCAGAGGAUUCAUGUGGAGUUAAGCCGUUGGAAAACUUUUCCUACUGAGAUAUCCAUGACAUUUCCCAGAUUACACUGACUCCAUUGGCCGGUGAAGCGCCCAACCCUCCCUGGCGUUGGUAGCUAAUUCAGCCUGCACGCUUUUAAAAGUGGUACCUUCGGAUGGGCCCCAGCCAUUAAUCUGGGGAGAGUGAGAGUAUUCCAAGAAUCAGACCAUGUUCAAGGCAGUGCUGAAGAAGAACAGAGACGGAGGGAAGGGGAGCAAGAAGGAACCAACAAGUAUUCAACUUCUUAUUCCUGUGGCAGACAAUGAGGAAGGGGUAACUGGGAGUGCAUCAGGGGCAGGUAAGUUAGGGGCAGGUAUUUUGGCCUCAUGUUCUGGCAGCAAGUCAUCUGGAGACUGAGGUGGUGUGUUGCCUGAUAGGUAGGUCUCCAUUUCAACUGUUCUCUUUAAAAAUUCUGUCUUCUAUUCUGUCAGUUGCAUUUCCAUUGCCUUCUCUUGCUUCUUUGUUCUCACUUUGUAAGCUCAGAGAUAGAUUUCACUUCUCCCUUCUCUUUUUUCUUCCAGUAUCUCUCCCUGUCAUUUUGCAGAAGUUCCUGGUAUCGUAUAGGAUUUUUUAAACAUUUUGUUUCUAUCACAUUUCAGGUAAGACCUAGAUGCAGACAGUGUCGAAGGAACAAAAGUGUAUUACUAAUACAGGGGCAGGCAAAACGACAGGUCAAGGGCAGGCAGAGCGGGUGAGCUCCAUAUUGCACAGCGAAGGUGCCUGUCUGGCGGAGGUGCCCCCCAGACACAUGAGCCUGGGGGCCUCCACCGCCCCUACUCCCCAGAGGAUGUGUUCAGACUGAGCCUGGCCAAGGGAGUGUCCAUGUCUCUGCCCUCCUCACCCUUGCUGCCUCGCCAGUCCUACAUGAUGCCCUCGCGCUCUAGCAAGAGAUCCCCAGGUCCAAUCAGGAAGCCCAAGUAUGUGGAGGGCCCUCGUGUUCCUGGAGACGCCAUUAUCUCAGAGCUGAGGAAGGUGGCUGAUAGCAAGACAGAGUCCUCUCACAAUGCAGCGCUGCAAGCCGAGAAAGAGCCAAGCUCCUCCUCCUCCCCUGCCACUCAGGAGCUGAUGACAAGGCUGGGCUUCUUACUGGGAGAAGGGAUCCCAGGCACAGCUCGCAUACCUAUGGAAGACAAGAAUGAAAAGAAGUGCUCAGUGACUAGUCAUGGUAUCAGUCCCUGCUCCAGUCUGACCAGUAGCACGGCGUCCCCCUGCACAGAGAGCCCGUGCUCCACCCUGAACAGCAACGCCAGCCACAGCCUCAGACACAGCAGCAGCGGUCACAGCAAAACUCCUCUGAGUCACUCCAGCCCCUGUGGAACCAUUGCCAGCCCCAGCUCCACGCUCGAGAGCAAGGACAGCGGGAUCAUAGCCACCAUCACAAGCUCCUCGGAGAAUGACGACCGCAGCGGCUCCAGCCUGGAAUGGAGUAAAGAUGGCAGCCUGAGGAGCAGCGGGCACCAUGGCCUGGUGCCCAGCGUGCGGGCCGAUACGUGCUCUCCCGUGGCGGAGGAAGACCCCAGUGGGCCCCCAGAGACCCCCACCCCAUCUAGGACAGAGCACCCCACAGGCUCCACAACGGGGGCUGGAGGAGGAGCAGCAGUAGGACCAAGCCACCCACCAGAGGGCCCCGUUCCAUACCCCACAGCACACACCUCCUUGUCCCUCAUGUUGCCGCGGCCGAACUCUGUUGCAGCCACCAGUUCCACCAAGCUGGAAGACCUGAGCUAUCUUGAUGAACAGCGUAAUACUCCCCUGCGGACGUCCAUUCGGCUGCCCUGGCAUAACACAGGUGGGAGGGCACCACAAGACUCCAAAGCACGCUUCGCUCCCUACAAGACGGUGGACAUCAUGCUCAAGCCGCUGCUGUUCGAGGUGCCCAGCAUCACCACAGACUCUGUGUUUGUGGGCCGCGAUUGGCUCUUCCAGCAGCUGGAGGACGUUCUGAAGGGCGACGGUUGCGAGGAGUGCCGCGGCGCCGUGGUUGUGGGCAAUGUGGGCUUCGGCAAGACGGCCAUCAUCUCCCGCCUGGUGGCGCUCAGCUGUCACGGCGGCCGCAUGCGGCAGAUCGCCUCUAACAGUCCCAGCUCAUCGCCCAAAAAUGGUGGAGACCCCCAGAGCACUGACCUCCCCCUCAGCCAGCCCCCUCAGCCCACCCCUCCACCCAGCGCCACCAACACCAUGCGGAACAACAGCUGUCCCGGCACCCCUGAGGUCCAGAGACGCAAGGAGGAGGCCGUCAAACGCCUGGCCACCAAGGUGGUUGCAUAUCACUACUGCCAGGCUGACAACACCUACACCUGCCUGGUCCCAGAGUUUGUGCACAGUAUCGCUGCCCUGCUGUGCAGAGCGCACCAGCUCACCGCCUAUAGAGAGCUGCUGCUGAAGGAUUCCUAUCUACAGAGCAUGCUCAGUCUGCGCUCCUGCGUCCAGGACCCAAUGGCAGCCUUCCGCAGGGGUGUGUUGGAGCCACUGGCCAACCUCCGCAAGGAGAGGAAGAUUCCAGAAGAAGACAAUAUCAUACUGAUAGACGGGCUAAACGAGGCAGAGUUCCACAAGCCUGACUACGGAGACACCAUUGCCUCCUUCAUCACCAAGAUAAUCUCCAAGUUCCCCUCCUGGCUCAAACUUGUUGUUACUGUCCGAGUCAACCUACUGGAAGUCACCAGCCUCCUCCCCUUCUCCAAGAUCUCCCUGGACGAUUUCCCAGAGAACAAGGAAAUCAACACGGACCUCAAUGCCUACAUCCAGUACCGAAUCAACGGCAGCAAAGACAUCAUGAACAACAUCUCCCUCAAUGGCAAGGCCGACCCCAUCAUUGUGGGCAAGGUGAGCAGCCACCUGAUCGCCCGCAGCCAGGGCUCCUAUCUGUACCUCAAACUGACCCUGGACCUGUUUGAGAGGGGCCACCUGGUGAUCAAGAGCGCUAGUUACAAGGUAGUGCCCGUGUCGCUGGCCGAGCUCUACCUGCUGCAGUGCAACAUGAAGUUCAUGACUCAGUCUGCGUUCGAGCGCUCGCUGCCCAUCCUGAAUGUAGCGCUGGCGUCUCUCCACCCGAUGAUGGACGAGCAGCUGUUCCAGGCCAUCAACGCGGGUACCGUGCGCAGCGAGCUGCCCUGGGACGACUUCCAGCAGCACAUGGAGACGUUGUCCUGUUUCCUCAUCAAGCGGCGGGACAAGACGCGCAUGUUCUGCCACCCAUCCUUCAGAGAGUGGUUGGUGUGGAGGGCAGAUGGAGAGAGCACCAACUUCCUCUGUGACCCCAGGAGUGGACACGCACUCAUGGCCUUCAUGCUGUCGCGACAAGAGGGGAAACUGAACCGGCAGCAGACCAUGGAGCUGGGCCACCAUAUCCUUAAAGCACACAUCUUCAAGGGUCUGAGUAAGAAGACGGGUGUCUCUUCCAGCGUGCUGCAGGCCCUCUGGAUCAGCUGCAGCGCUGAUGGUCUCUCUGCAGCCCUGGCCUCUCUGAGGAACCUCUACACCCCCAACGUCAAGGUGAGUCGUCUGCUGAUGCUAGGCGGGGCCAAUGUGAACUACAGGACAGAGGUGCUGAACAACGGCCCGGUGCUGUGUGUCCAGUCCCACCUGGGCCACCAGGAGAUGGCUGGCCUGCUGCUGGAGUUCGGGGCUACCUUGGACGUGGUGUCCGAGAACGGCAUGAGCCCUCUCUGCUUCGCCUCGGCUGCCGGACACUUGGGUUUAGUCAGCAUGCUCUGCAAGAGAGGAGCCAAGGUUGACCAUGUGGAUAAGAGCGGUCAGUGUGCUCUGGUCCAUGCUGCUCUGAGGGGCCACCCUGGCAUCAUCCAGUACCUCUUGGAGCUGGAGUGGAUCCCCGAGGGCCAGCAGCAGAACUGCAGUCUGAAGAACAAGACCCUCCAGCAGGCUCUGAUCGCUGCCUCCAGCAUGGGACACACACAGGUUGUGAGAGGCUUGUUGGCGUUGAAUAACGAGCACGCUGUGCAAAUUGAUGGCCAAGACACUCUGUGGGGAGAAACCGCUCUGACGGUGUCGGCGGGCCGGGGGAAGAUGGACGUGUGUGGCUUCCUGUUGGAGCAGGGGGCUAUGGUGCAGCAGAUCAACCGCAGGGGGGUCUCACCUCUCUUCUGUGCUGUCAGACAGGGACACUGGCAGAUUGCAGAGCUGCUGCUGCAGCAUGGUGCUGACGUGAACAUCAGUGACAAACAGGGACGGACACUACUCAUGGUGGCGGCGUGCGAGGGCCACCUGAGCACGGCCGACUUUCUGCUGUCAAAGGGUGCGUUGUUGACAUCGAUGGACAAGGAAGGGUUAACGCCCCUGAGCUGGGCGUGUUUGAAAGGACAUAAGAACGUUGUGCAGUUUCUGGUGGAGAAGGGUGCGGUCAUAGACCACACGGACAAGAAUGGACGGACUCCACUGGACCUGGCCGCCUUCUACGGCGACGCGUCGAUCGUCCAUUACCUGGUGGAGAGAGGAGCAGUGAUAGAGCAUGUGGACUACAGUGGCAUGAGGCCGUUGGACCGGGCGAUUGGUUGUCGGAACACAUCGGUAGUGGUGACCCUGCUGAAGAAGGGGGCUAAACUGGGGAAUGCAGCCUGGGCUAUGGCCACAUCCAAGCCUGACAUCCUCAUCAUUCUCCUGCAGAAGCUUAUGGAGGAGGGCAACCUGCUUUACAAGAAGGGGAAGAUGAAAGAGGCAGCCCAGAGGUACCAGUAUGCUCUGAGGAAGUUCCCCAGAGAAGGGUUUGGCGAUGACCUGAAGGCCUUCAAAGAGCUGAGGGUGUCUCUGUACCUCAACCUCUCCCGCUGUCGCAGGAAAACCAACGACUUUGGCUUGGCAGAGGAGUUUGCGACCAAGGCCCUGGAGCUGAAACCCAAAUCGUACGAGGCCUAUUACGCCCGCGCUCGAGCCAAGAGGAGCAGCAGGCAGUUCACGGCAGCCAUGGCUGACCUGCACGAAGCGGCCAGGCUGUGUCCCAACAACCGUGAAAUCCGGCGGCUGCUGGCCCGUGUAGAGGAGGAGUGUAAGCAGAUGCAGCGCAGCACCACCCAGGGCAAACCGCAGGGGGCCACGUCCUCGUCAAACCAGGCCCCGGCCAACCACGACUCGGAACACAAACACGAGGAAGGGGAGGAGGAGGAGAUGUCGGGGCAUAGCAUGGCCAUCAGAGGUCUGGAUGGACAGAACACUCUGGGGAUGAAUGACGUGGAAGGGGAGGGAACUUUUCAGUCUCAACACUCAGACAGGAGAGGAGAGAGAGGUGAGCCCUGGACACAGAACAUCUACUCCAUCAAUAGAACUCUGCCUGACACCCUCAGCCUCACGACCCAGCAGAGCACCAGGCCUUGCUCUCCCCCCUCCGGGCCCUCAGGCCCUGGCAGGCUGAGUCACCACCAUUACCCUCCCCGGGAGCCCAGAGAGCCCACCAAGCAGGCCCAGAUAGUCAAAACCAACCAGCACAUGAGCUCCCUGCAGGCAGGAGGCCGCUCCUCCGGGGCCAAGUCCCAGUACGCCCCCUCCAGCCCCCUGCCCAGCCGACACAUGUCCAGCAUGCUGAAGCCAGGGGGUCUGGGCAUAGACAUCAGCCCUCUACCGCCCCCUCCUGACGAGCCCGUCUACGGGGAGCAACGCCUGUCAAUGGCUGCUGCCUCCCAGAACAUGGCUAUGGGCCACCACUGCGAAAGGGACAGCGAAUCCCUGCACUCUGCCCAGGCCACCUACUCCUCCCAGGACCGUCUGUCUGCCCACUCGGUGUCCUCCCUGGACGCUCAGACAUCAGGGUCUCCCCAGGACCCCCUCAAUGCUGCAGGGCCAGGCCAGGAGCGGAGGAAGGAGUGUGGGGGUAACGGGGUCUCCCAGGCACUCUCCCAGGGGGGAGACGGCAACAUCAAGGUGUCCAGCUCCACCAGCUCCCUGGCCUCCAGCAGUAGUCUGUCGGAGAGCAGCAAGCUGCAAGGCCCCGACGUACGCACCAAGACCACCACAGACAAGGCCAAGCAGGGCCAGGGAGGCAUGAGCGAGUGGAAACCCAGGCCCUUCAUGGGCAUCAUGGACAAGAAGGCACGCUUUCUUCAGCAGCAGCAGCAAAUGCAGCGGGAACUACUGCAGCAGGAACAACUGCAGCGAGAACAACUGCAGCGAGAACAACUGCAGCGGCAACAACUACAGUGGCAACAACUGCAGCGGCAACAACUGCAGCAGCAACAACACCACCCAGGCCUACAGCCCGCCACCGGAGCCCUCCGCAGCUGGCAGAGUCACUCCUCUGAGGGAUUAGUGUCCCACACCAUGACUGCCAUGGGCCUCCAGGCAGCAGGGGUGAACUGUGAGCUACCUUAUGCCAAAAUAGGGAGCACUUACCACGAGCAGCUCAAAGCUCCAUCUCAGGGUGCUAUGGGGAGCCUGCAGAAUGGAAUGCACUCAAAGGAAUUUGCAGAGAAGUUGUGCCAAACAUCCACCUGUUACAAGGAAUCCAAGCCAGCUCUGGCCAUGCCGUCGCACACUUUUGUGGACAGUAAGCCCAAGCAGCCAAGCUUAGUCCGAGAGAAUCCCGCCAUUCACGUAGCUUCAAUGAAACCAAAGCGAUCAUUCAUAGAGUCAAAUGUGUAGGAAUUUUUAUCUCCCCUCUCUCAACACACAGACAACGAGAUACAAAGCUGGCACGCACAUACAGACAACAUGCACAUUGCACACACCCACAAACACUUUACACACACACCUUUGCAAAAAUUCUAAGUGGAGAGAUAGUUUUUUAUGGGCUGGUAAAAAAUUAAGCAAUGUAAGUCAAAACUUUGAAAGAAGUACGCAAACUAUGUUUGUUCCCCCUGUGAAUAUCCGCCACAUGGAGCGUUUUGAUUGAAGCAGUAACAGAACAGAUGUAUUUCUUUCCUACUAUUGCGUACAGCUGUUUGCUUCUGUUACAGGAUGACAUGUUCCCUCUUAUUCAGCAAAUCUGGAGACAUUGCAGUGACAGCACUUUACGCAUUUACAUAGGCCUUUAAGUAAAGUGCUUAUACAACAUAUUAUAUUACAGUAUAAUGUUAUUACUGAAUUGUUCAGUGUUAAGUAUAAGACAAUAUUUGCAUCCAAAAUGGCACCCUAUUCGCUAUAUACCGUAAUGCACUACUUUUGGUCGAUCCUGGUCAAAGUAGUGCACUAUAUAGGGAAUAGGGUGCCAUUCUGGACAUAUCCAAUGGGAUUUGAACUGUGUUCAUUAUGUCAAUGGUGCUGAUGACAGAAUUACAGAGCUAUUUAGAAGAGCUGUAAGGAUAUGUUUGAGAUGGGCAUUCCUGUGUUCUAAGAAGGAUGUUGUAGAUCCUCACAUUGUGUAUAUAUAAAUAUAUAUUUUUCCUUCUUUUGAGUGAAGAUCAAUGUCAGUGUAAUGACUUAUCUGUAUGUUGAGGUUUAUUUGAUGCACAAUUUGGUUCCAACUGUGUUCAAGGUUCUGAAAAAUGUAUUUGUUUAUAUGUUUGUACAUUCUAUAAAUUGCCCGAUAACGUUAACUAAAUCCUCUCUGUAUCUG